CUAGUUAACGCGGGUGAUGGCGCGUGAUUACAUUCGCUGAAUUUUCAUUUCUCAGUCGUCUCGAAUUUCGAAACGAAUCUGAUAAACCGCCGCACGGUCUCUGCGGAAGCCGAAGAAUGUCUCUCUCCAUGUCCUCCUCUUCCGCUGCUUCUGCAGCUGCUGCGGCGGCGUCGACACCGAAGUCAUCGUCUUCUCCGGCGGCCGCUUCGUCGACCACGUCGUGGUUCUCCGGAAUCGUUCGCGGCCGCGGCGACAAACCCAACACCGCGAAGCUAUCGAAAAGCGCGUCCGCGACGGGAAUCGGAAGCGGGGAUUACGGUGGACCCAUCAAAGGGAAGAACCAGUUUCGCGGAGUUUUGUUCAAAUACGGUCCCAAAUCAAUUCAGGUGGCUUUUAAGACCGGAGAAUAUAAACAACAAGUGAUAUUUAUCGGUGGAUUAACCGAUGGACUUUUAGCUACUGAUUACUUGGAACCUCUUGCAAUUGCUUUGGAUAAAGAGAAAUGGUCACUUGUUCAACUGCUCAUGUCGUCUUCUUAUUCUGGAUUCGGCACUUCCAGCUUGAAACAAGAUGCACAAGAGAUCGACCAACUUAUAAGUUAUCUCAUCAACAAAGAGAACUCUGAAGGCGUUGUUCUUCUUGGUCAUAGCACUGGCUGCCAGGACAUUGUGUACUAUAUGGGAACAAAUGCUGCAUGCUCCCGAGCCGUCCGAGCUGCAAUUUUGCAGGCACCUGUCAGCGAUAGAGAGUACAAAGCAACACUUCCUGAAACACCAGCUAUGAUAGACUUGGCUGCAAAAAUGAUAAAAGAAGGCCGAGCAGAGGAGCUUAUGCCUAGAGAAGCUGAUCCUUGCGCUCCAAUCUCUGCUUAUAGAUACCACUCCCUAUGCGCUUACAUGGGAGACGACGAUAUGUUUAGUUCUGACCUUAGUGAUGAUCAGUUGAAAACUAGACUUGGUCAUAUGGCUAACACACCUUGUCAGGUGAUUUUCUCCAUGGGUGAUGAGUAUGUACCGGAUUAUGUCGACAAAAAAGCACUGGUUAAUAGGUUAAGUAAAGCAAUGGGAGGAGCAGAGAAAGUGGAGGUAGAGCAUGGGAAUCACUCUCUGUCCAAUAGAGUUCAUGAAGCUGUUCAAGCCAUUAUGAGUUUUGUCAAAAGAGAAGGACCCAGCGGCUGGGAUGAUCCUUGGAGCUAAAUCUUCUUUCUUCUUCGGUAUGACGAUUAAAAUUAUUAUACAAAUUUUAAAUUUAUGUCGAUUAACUUGACUUCUUUGGCUGAUUCAGUCAUUUCUUUUCUCUCUUGGAUCAAGUAGCUCCUGUUAUAUAAUCCUCAAUUUAUUUUGUUGCUUUAUCUUGUCUUUACACAAAAUUGUAUAAUCUUCAGUGUCUCGUUUUGAUCAGCACAAAUCAAAUGGUAUCAAACUUUUCACCU